UGGAGGGUAUACCAGAUGUUAAAGGGAUGGCAUGAUGUGGUGGUCGAUUGUGGAGAGAAUCCUAAGAAGCUACUUGCUGCAGCAUUUGUGAAUGCCAAUACUAACUACUUUGCUUUCAGCUUAUUGCCUAAACAGCAGUUUGAUCCAAAUGCAGAAGCUAAACCUGCCACGGUUGAGCUCAUACAGAAAAUAUCAUUCAGUAGGACUGCCUAUGACCAUGGUGAUGUGUUUCAUGAUCUUCCUGAAAGUGUAGCUUCCUAUAGGCCAGCAGGACAGUCGUCCUUUAAUGUGUAUGGCGGAGAUGUUACAAUUGGAGGAUUGGAUAUUCGCCAGCCUCAAUCAUCAAGUUCCAGUAAUGUUGCAUCAGAUAGCCUUGAUGGGUCCAGCAGUAGAGCUACAAGCUUUGGUUCUUUCAACAUUCAUGGAGGAAAAGUUGCAAUAUCAAAUAUGGCAAUUGGACCCGCUACACAAGUCAGUGGCUUUCCAAGUUAUAAUCAAUCGCCUACUGUAAGAGGAGAAAUGUCGAGCAUUGUGCCAGACUUCGGUAAACCACAACCAGGAAGUUUUCUAUCCUCCGGUCAGCCGUUUAAGAAAGAAAAUGACGAUACGCUUAGUCAAAGCAUGGUAGCUGCAUUAGGUGAACAAAUGAAAUCAGUAGGAGCUCUCAUAUCUGCCGGUAACAUCAUCGGAACUGUCUUCAGGGUCGGCACCAAGUAUGUGAUGACGGCAUCACAUGUCGUGUCCAUGGUGAUAGACCCUCAUAACACAGGAAAUCGUGACUUCAGUCGGCUUGAAAGUGAUGACACUUUUAUAAACUUCAAUGAAUCAGUAAUAUCACCAUGUGUUACCGUUUACAGAGUGAGCAAAGAAUUUAUCGAAAAUAAAGAGUUAGAUGUAGCAGUUCUUAAAAUCGCAGGAGAUACUCUAAGUGGUUUACCAAUGAAAAUGAACCUAUGUGUGAAUGAUAUAAGUGAAAUGCGCGUCACAAAUGUGUCGCUAGUUGGCUAUGGUCAUCCUUCAGGUGUGAUGAAGAAACAUUUAGAUCCAAAAUGUAAGAUCAUAGCUCCGGAUUCAGACAGAUUGCGGGCUGCACACGCUUUUUCUCAACAAAAUUUUGAUUUGUGUAGGGCAGUUAUACGAGAAAAUGGAGGAAACCCUGAUAUUGUAAACAAAGGUUACCUUGGCUAUAAUCUACCAUCCAAAUUGUUGUUUGACUGUUUCAUGGAACACGGGGCUUCAGGAGGUCCAGCAUUAACAAAUAACAAUGAAAGGUCGGUCCAAGUGGUUGGACUUUUGACACAUGGCCUUCCCGAGUUUUACUUCUCUCUUCCAGACCUAAUAAAAUCAAACUUUCCAAAUUGUCACCGUCUUGAAGCAGGAACAAAAAUGAAAGACAUCUUUGAAUGGAUGAGGGGCACACAAAAUGAAUAUAUUGUUAAAGAUAUUUUUAAUCUUUAAAUCCAUUUACACCUUAAGAAAAUAACCUUUGUUACCCUUCCUACAUGUACCUACUCAAAAAUAUCACUGCUACCCAAACAUUUAUUGCUAAGCAAAAAAAGCUAUGGUUGUAAAUAAGUAACA